CUGUUUGCCUUGGCCGCAGUUUUGGGUAAUGGCACGAUAAUGCUUGUAAUUUGGAGAUCAAGGCAACUUAAUUCGACAUCAUUCACGUUGCUCUUUUGCCUGGCGUUUUCUGAUUUCCUCGUUGGACUGCUUGGUCAACCGUUCUUUGUCGCUUUUAAAACAGCGGAACUACUUGGCAAGUUCAACGCAUAUUGUAAGCUGAGACUGUCGCAGUUUUUCAUUGGGUGGAUAACUGGAGGAAUAUCUUUUGCAAUUCUCAGCGGAGUCUCCAUCGACAGACUCCUUGCAUUGACUCUUCACCUUCGAUACAAAACCAUUGUCACAAAUCGAAGAGUGUUAAUGCUGGUAAUAUCAGUCUGCAUAUCUAUUUCUAUUGUGACGAUUUCAAAGUUUUGGAUGAGGGACAACUGGGUAAUCAUGCCUGCAACAAUAUUCUCGGUAACGACCCUAAUGACUGCUGUAAGCACAUUUCAAAUCUUCCAGAUUGCUCGCAUGCAUCAACGUCAAAUAUUUCAACAAAACCAAACUUUGGGUCGAACAGACGACGGAACAGUGCACGUAUUGAAAUGCAAAAAGUCAGCCGUGACGGUACUUUAUGUUUAUGGACUGAGGCUAACUUUUUAUCUUCCGUUUAUUUCAGUUGUCAUGAUUGAAACGAUAUUAGGUGUUACUCAGUCAGUUACUCUUGCUUAUGACCUUGCUACAGCCACCGUUUUUAUAAACUCGUCGUUAAAUCCUUUAAUCUAUUGCUGGAGAAUGACUCAUUUAAGACUCGCUGUCAAAACGUUUCUUAAAAAUUUAAUCUGCGUUUAG